AUGCCUCCCCACUGUGCUCACCACCUGCUCCAGCUUCCAUGCCUAGCUCCAGGCUGCGCAUAUCUACACCUAGGACGACCAUGCACGGCUGAUGGAGAAUUUGUGCCACAUGGCACCCCUCCACCUCCCAUACCACAAAAGGCUCCUGAUGAUUGGAGCCCGUAUCGCAAUAGAAUAGAAUUUGAGGUGGCCGAGUUUGUGUUCAAAAAAUGCCAUAUGUCUGCAAAAAACCUGGAUUUCCUAUGUGAUUUAAUGGCUGUGUCUCUUGCAAAACACUGUGACACCCCUCCAUUCGCUGAUCAUAAAGAUCUCUACAAUGUCAUAGAUUACACAGGAGAAUGUCCCGAGGUUGUCCCACCAUGGAUGAAUGAUGAAUUUGAGGUCUGGUAUAGGGACCCCCACGCGAUGGCGCACAACAUACUAGCCAAUCCUACCUUCAAAGACGAAAUCGACUAUGCACCAUUUCGUGAAUAUAAUGCAUCGGACGACACGCACCGAUGGAAAGACUUUAUGUCUGGAGACUGGGCAUGGCAACAGGCAGACACCAUAUCGAAAGACCCAGAGACACAUGGAUCUGUGUUAGUCCCAAUUAUUCUUGGUAGUGAUAAGACUACUGUUUUUGUGGGUACUGGUAAUAACGAAUACUAUCCCCUCUAUGCCUCGAUUGGCAAUGUACGCAAUAAUGUGCGGCGCGCUCACCGUGAUGCUCUUGUCAUCAUUGGUUUCCUCGCCAUACCCAAAACUGACAAGAAACAUUCCAAAGAUGACAUGUUUCAGAUAUUUCAUCGCCAGCUAUUCCACAGCUCGCUAUCUGCGAUUCUCUCCAGCCUGAAAUCUGCAAUGUCCAAAUAUGAGGUCGUGUGCUGUGGAGAUAGUCAUUUUCGACGCAUGAUAUACAGUCUAGGACCCUACAUAGCAGAUUACGAAGAACAACUGGUGCUAUCCUGUGUCGUUAAGCAUUGGUGCCUGAAAUGUAUUGCAGUUCGAACAGACCUCAAUAGUGGUGGCAUGUAUCGCUGUCGCCAGCACACUGACUUCAUAAUUGGUGAACUACACGAGGAUAUAUUAUGGGAUGAAUAUGGUAUCAUUAGUGAUCUCCCGUUUACAAAUGACUUCCUCCGAGCAGAUAUCCACGAGUUACUAUCGUUUGAUCUCCUCCAUCAGCUCAUCAAAGGUGCCUUCAAAGACCAUCUUGUCGACUGGGUGGCGAAGUACCUCAAGGCAGUGCACGGGACCAAGCGGGCGGAGGAGAUUAUGAGUGACAUAGAUUGCAGAGUUGCUGCUGUACCUUCAUUCUCUGGUCUGCGACGGUUUCCCCAAGGCCAUGACUUCAAACAGUGGAUGGGCGAUGAUUCGAAAGCCCUCAUGAAGGUCUUUCUUCCAGCUAUCGAAGGCCACGUACCUGGAGAUAUGGUUCGCGCAUUUCGUGCACUGUUAGAAUUUUGCUAUCUUGUGCGGCGCAAUGUUAUUACUGAAGAUACCUUGAAUCAAAUUCAAGACGCACUUGGUUACUUUCAUCGCUAUCACAAGAUAUUUGGUCUCGUUGCUGUAAAGGAGCCCUGGUGUUGGUCAAAUAGGCACAAUGCUCUUGGUCAGAUGCUUGUGACCAAUCAACGCCUUGACAAGCUCGCAGCAUCCCGCGUGGACUUUAAUGCGCGAGGGAUGCUUACUGGCACUAUUUUAUCAAGUCAACAUCCAACGCCAGAUGAAGAUGAACAGGCUGUCCCUGCUAUUGCACCGCAGCCAGGUGACCAUGCUAUUGAACCACAACCACACUCACUUGCCAAAACUCCUCAACCAAACCGGGCAAAAACAGUGGCAGCAUUGGCAAAUGAAGUCGCUUGCAUCCGAGGUGAUCGCUGUGAUCCCGAAGAUAUACCAACUGGUAGCUACCCUCAGAAUGAAGGCAAACUCCAGGUCUUCAAUUCUGCUUCUGCUACUUUCCUUGCUCCCAGUGAUCUGAGUGGCGUCGGUGGCAUGCAAUGGGAACAUAUCCGUGCAUGUCCACUCUGGAGGAACGAGUACCCACGUAAUGACUGUGUGUUCAUUAACACCGAUUCGGAUGCUCAAGGCAUGCAAGGACUUGAAGUUGCGAGAAUCAUAUGCUUCUUCUCUUUCAUCCACGACUGGGAAGGGUAUCCGUGCGCUCUCAUCCAAUGGUUUGACAAGAUUGGUGACUGUGCUAACGAAGACACUGGCAUGUGGAUGGUCGGUCCAAGUUUUCAUGAGGAUGGUUCCCGGAACCUUGCUGUUAUUCAUAUUGACACGAUAUUUUGUGCAGCACACUUGAUACCUAUCUACAGCUCUGAGUACAUCCCUCAUUCCCUCAAGUUCUACCCUUCUAUCGAUUCUUUCCGCUCAUUUUAUGUCAACAAAUUCGCUGAUCACCACGCCUUCGAGAUAGCAUCCUGA